UUGAGUGUGGAUGUGUUGUUGUUACUAAAAACUAAACAAAUUUUAAAAAAAAGUAUUAAGAAAACGCAUUAACACACUAAAAAAUUUUGACAAAAAACGCGUCCGUGUUGAACGCCCGCGUCUUGAUAUUUGUUGUUCAGUAUUUUUUGUUUGUUGUGGUGUUUUUAUUUUAUCAAUUUUUUUUUGUUGUAAUAUUUUUGUUUAUAUAAAAAAUUUAUUAAAAAUGAAUGGUACAGAACCGAAUAAUUGUGGCAACACACAAAGUAUAGCUGAUUACUUGGCGCAGUUAUUAAAAGACAGAAAACAGCUUGUCGCAUUUCCAAAUAUUUUCAUUCACGUGGAAAGGCUUUUAGAUGAAGAAAUAGCAAAAGUACGAGCAAGUUUAUUUCAAAUAAAUGGUAUAAAGAAAGAACCAUUGGUAUUACCAGAAGCAGAUGGAGCAGUCACAACACUCACAGAAAAAGUAUAUGUGCCAGUUAAAGAACAUCCAGAUUUUAAUUUUGUGGGUCGAAUUUUGGGACCACGAGGUAUGACAGCGAAACAAUUAGAACAAGAAACUGGAUGCAAAAUUAUGGUUCGUGGAAAAGGAUCAAUGAGAGAUAAAAAGAAGGAAGAUCAAAAUCGAGGAAAACCAAAUUGGGAACACUUAGCAGAUGAUCUUCACGUAUUAUUAACAGUCGAAGAUACUGAAAACAGAGCUCAAUUAAAAUUGAAAAGAGCUGUUGAAGAAGUACAAAAAUUACUUGUACCACAAGCUGAAGGUGAAGAUGAAUUAAAGAAGAGACAGUUAAUGGAGUUAGCUAUAAUAAAUGGCACAUACAGAGACUCCAGCGUAAAAGCUGCAGCUGCUGCAGCAGCAUGUGAUGAAGAAUGGCGACGUGUUGCAGCUGUUGCCGCCGCUGAAACACAGCGUUUAUUAUCUCCAGCAAUGCCAGGAUUAGCAGGAUUAGCUGCACGCACACCACAACCACAAGCACCAUUAGGUGCACCAUUGAUAUUGUCACCAAGAGGUACCGGAUUACUACAAGCUGGACCACCUGGACCACCAGAACAUUUAAUAUACGCUCCAUAUGCAGAUUAUGCAGCUAAUUAUGCAGCCGCCUUGUCAGCAGCAUCACCAUUAUUAACUGCCACUGCUGAAUAUGCAACACCAGAUGCUGCAGGCGCAAUGGCAGCGAAGCAGCGACGCCACCUGGGUCAAAUAAGAGACCAUCCCUAUCAAAGGGCUGGAGCCCUUUCGUGAAGUAGGCUGAUGCGUGUCUAAUAACAAGUGCGAUCCUGCGUCUGCGCAAGUCACUAACAACACUACUACUACUACUACUACUACUACUCCGAAUGUGCCCGAACCUGACUGAAGUAAGUCCUUCGUGCACACACAAAUACACACAGCAGUUUGGUACGUGGGUUCGCGUGGUACGUUGUAUCUUAACGUUAAUAGCCGUUGUUAACCAGCCGUUAACCACUCAUAUUAAUUCAAACAAAAUUCUUAUUCACUGUUCUACUCAUUUUUUUUUUAAAUCUAACGUAUUUUCAUAAUAAUCUUAUCCCAUUUUUACAAUAAUAAUAUUAUUAUUU